AUGCCUGAAAAUCACUGUUUUGCUAAUCGGACAUUACCGCCUGCAGUAGUUUUUCACUUGAACCAACAACAUCAGCAAACAAGUGAAGUCCCCAGAUUGGCUAAACCUUCACUGAGCGUUGAUUAUUUCAUGAGUCGCUUUUCGUUUGAGGAAGAAGAAUUUAUAGAAGAAGAGGAAGAGGAGGAAGAAGAAUUUGCAAACGAUGUAUCUGAGUCGAUUCUUGAUGAUGAAGAAAUUAUAGAAGAAGAAGAGGAGGAAGAAGAAGAGUUUGAAGUUGAAAUAUCUGAGAAUUCGGAAACAAUUAGAACACGAAUGGAGUUUGCUCAUAGUAUGGAGAUUGAUCAGCAACAGCCGCCUCAUAUUCCAAGUGGAACAAUCGACCAAGUGCAGCCUAUACGAGCUAGGGCGCCUCGAAUGCGUGUCAGUAAUAACUACGUUCGUCACACAUUUCAAGUGCCACAAUAUUCGAUUCUUGAUAGUGAUGAAGAAGACGAAGAAAUAUAUGAAGAGGAGGAGGAAGAGGAAUAUAAUGAGUUGGUGGAUCAUCAGGAUAUGUCUGAAUAUUUGGAAACAAGAACAUAUUAUUAUGAUCCUGUUAUGGAUAUAGAUGUUAAUGAAGGUGAUGAAGAAAUAUAUGAAGAGGAGGAGGAAGAGGAAUAUAAUGAGUUGGUGGAUCAUCAAGAUAUGUCUGAAUAUUUGGAAACAAGAACAUAUUAUUACGAUCCUGUUAUGGAUAUAGAUGUUAAUGAAGGUGAUCCAGUUGUUGGUGAUGAGGAACAAGAAACAUGUGCUAUUUGUUUACUUGAAUAUAAAGAUGAAGAUACCAUUGGCACACUCCAAUGUGGACAUGGAUUUCGCGUUGGAUGCAUCAAGAAGUGGCUACAGAGGAAAAAAGAAUGUCCCUUUUGUAGAGCUCCAGUUUUGACUACAGUAUAA